CUAUAUCGGCCUGUCGUCAUCAAGCAGACUAGAAUACUGCAGAAACUCUAGGCAGAGAGGAAAUGAACUUGAGAGAAGGGGGAACACACAGCCGAGAAGAGAAAGGAGAGAAAGAGGGCAGAAGUGGAAGGAGAGAGCUGAAGCCAGGGGCAGCGAGAUGGUCAGAGGAUGGGCGACAUGGCGGUGAAGCAGGGCUGCCUAUAUCUCCAGCAGCAGCAGACGUUUGGAAAGCUGUGCUGUAUGGACAGUCAGGCUGUGCCUUGGCCCGGCUGGAGCUCCAGGAGAGCCCAGAGAAGCCACGCCGGGGAGAGGCUGCCCGGAGGGUUAUUCGCCUCAGCGACUGCCUGCGAGUGGCUGAAGCCAGCGGGGAGGACAGCAGCCCCAGGGACACCAGUGCCUUCAUCCUGGAGACCAAGGAACGCCUGUACCUCCUGGCAGCCCCCUCUGCAGAGCGCAGUGACUGGAUGCAGGCCAUCUGUCUGCUAGCUUUCCCUGGGCAGAGGAAGGAGCUGCCAGGGCCCGAGGGGAAGAGCAGCCAGCCCUGCAUGGAGGAGAAUGAACUGUACAGCAGCACAGCUUCAGUGGUCCCCUGCAAGGAAUUUGCCGUCCUUAUAAGACCUACAAAGGCCAGUGAGAGGUGCCGCCUCCGGGGAUCCUACACCCUGCGUGCAGGGGAGAGCACCCUGGAACUGUGGGGUGGCCCUGAGCCAAGCUCUCCGCUGUUUGAAUGGCCAUACAGGUUCCUGCGACGCUUUGGGCGGGACAAGGUGACCUUUUCCUUCGAGGCAGGCCGGCGCUGCAUCUCUGGAGAGGGCAACUUUGAGUUUGAAACCCAACAAGGCAAUGAGAUCUUCUUGGCCCUGGAAGAGGCCAUCUCUGCCCAGAAGAAUGCUCCCCCACCUGGGCCCCAGCCCCAGCCCGCCAUGAUACCUACUGUGCUGCCCCGGCCCCAUGACUCGCUGCCACCUCCUUCACCCACUCUGUUGCCUGCCCCGCGGCCUCCAGGCCCAGAGGGGGAGUACGCAGUGCCCUUUGAUGCAGUGGCCCGGUCAUUGGGGAAGAGCUUCAAGUGCAUGCUGGCAGGCCCUCCCCAGAUCCCGGCUGACCCUCUGUACGACAGUAUUGAGGAGACCCUAUGCCCUCAACCUGACCACAUAUAUGAUGAACCAGAGGGUGUGGCCACUCUGAGCCUGUAUGACAGCCCACAGGCACCUCGGCCUGAGGCACGGAGGAGGCAGGCCAAAGCUGAAGUGGACCCUAGUGGCCUCCAGCAGGUCCACCCAGCUAGGCAGGAUCUCUCUGCCUCUGGCUGGCAGCCAGGAACUGAGUAUGACAAUGUUGUACUUAAGAAAAGCCCAAAAUGACAGAAAUGCUGGUCACAUUGAAGUGUACAUUGAGGGGAGAGGACAGCCACCUCCCUUUCAGUCUUUUGCUGGUGACUUCUCUUGGCCACUACAUCAGAAGAACCUCCUCUUCUUCUUCUGAAGCCCUAGGCUGGGCCUGCUGGAGUGUGGUAUGGUCUGACGGAUGGUCCCUCCCAAGGCCUGCUGGGUGAGUCACCUACCACCCAAAGCAGGAAGAAUGCCCUGGAGAGACCCACCCUCCUCCUACUCCUUUUCCACUUCCUUCUCUUUCUUUCCCCGGGUUUAGAAGGAACCUGGGGGCAUAUAGGGCAGAGGACAAGAGGAUGUCAGCAACCCUGGUUCCUUGGUUCAUGCAGGCCUACUGCCUGCUAUGGCCCUUGUUAUGGGACUGACCUGGGUCCAGGCACUCAGGACAU